AUGGCGAAUAACGAACUGGCUAACCAAAAGUUAGCGUGGUUGAAACACUACGUAGACCGCUAUAACAUGAAGUAUAGCCCAAGUAACUUGACGCUCUAUGACACUCUCUCAAAUUACUUCAAGGAGAGCGGUAUAGUGAAGAUGCUUGCAUUUUGGAAGGAGGAUACUGCUACAGCAAUAACAAUUGAACAGCAGACAUGGAUCCAUGAAACUAAACAUCCCAUAGACGUUUUCAAAGAGUUGGAGCUUAACAAUGUGGUCUCUAGUCCUUUGGCCAGCCCAAAGUUGGAAUACUGGAUCAGCUACAAGAACCGAUACAACACUAGGAACCCCAAGAGGUCCACUUCGCUACUCCUAACGCUUGAUCACUGGUAUGGUAAGAAUGGUCUGGACGACAUUGUUUCAGCUGGAAAGCAAACAGCUACAGUAUCAGAACAACAAGCAGCCGAACGACUGAAGUGGCUGACUCAAAAGAAGGACCCUGAAACGGCUUUUUCGAGCUAUUUGAAAAUGGAGUUUGAUGAAAAGGAAGCGAUUCUUUUGGCUAACACAGAGUUGGCAAACUGGGUCAAAUACAUGGAGCUGUUCAACAAAGAAAUCUCCAAGGAUCAAAUCACGCUUCAAAAACCCUUCGACAUCAUUAUAUGGAGAAGAUACUUUGGCAAAGAUUAUUGCAAAUGGAAAAAGGGACGUGAAUACAUUAAGUACGGUCAUAGAGCUGCACUGGCUAAACCAAAAGAUAGCUCUUAUCAAAAUUGCGGAGCUGUUGGAGAUUAA